AAUAUGAUCGCAGAACAAUUGGAUGCAUCACGUACCAAACAGAUAAUUGAUGCAGUACAAGUCGGUGACCAUUCUAAUGCGUCAUCGGAUGGUGUGAUCCUGCGAAUGAUCGACGUGUUACAAAAGAACUAUCAUAUUGGUGAGUGA